GUGUUAAUGCUUAUGAAAGUUUAGGGCAAAUUUUUGAUGAUGAAAAGUGGGGAGUUCGUGAAUAUGAAAACAAACAACAAACCUGGGUAAUUUUAAAUAUGUCAGAAGAUAAAGAGGUAGAAUGUUCAAGAACAAAUAAGAAAACAUCAUCAAAUCGAUCAAAAUUAGAAAUUCGAUGGAAGUGUAAAGAAAUUAUAGAUGCAGCAAAUCAUAUUUCAG